GAUUAAUUGCAUUCUAAAAAUACUUUUUACAUAAAACUUGGCAAACUUUAAUCGUAACUAAUUCAAUAAAAGAUAGGUUUCUUGAAAAUAUGUAUGAUUUUUUUUUCAAAACCAUUUAUCAAGUGUGUUUUUUUGUUCUAGUGGCUUUUUUGAAGAAAAACAAGAACAAUGACAAGAAAAUCAUGGGUUUGAGUGCACUUGGAAAAAGAGAUUAUAUUAUUACUGUAAAAAUCCGUCUUGUUCUGCUGAGAUUAGGAAAUCAUGAUCCUAAUUUCACAGUUAUAAAAGAAAAAUAAGUAAACAAGAGUAUGAAUGAAGUCUCACCUUAUGUUCCAUUUAUAAAAGCUCCGUAUUCAACUUUCUCCCAUUAAUAAAAUUUGCUAUAAAAUCUCUCCAAUCCACUUUCUUCCACUAGUAAUCCGAAAACACUGAAAUAAAGAAGUUCAAUAUAUACGACUCAAGCCCUGAUCUUAAUCAUGAAAACUAGUCCUUUGAAAUAUUCGUUGCAAUUUCUAUUAGCUUGAUCAAAAUGAACACCUACAUGUUGACAAAGCAAAAGUUAAUUUUAAAUUUAUUUUCUCUCGAGAUUUUUAUUAUAUAAACUAAAUUCCUGAUAGAGGCAUAAGACAUAUUACAUAAAAAUAAAAUAAAAACAUGAAAGCAUCACUCUCUGUUUUGUGUCUUGUUCUUUUGGUUUCGGUUUUAGAAGCAGCAGUAACAACAAAACCAAAUUCUGGAAUUUUCAUCGGAUGCCUUCGCAAUCGGACUAGUCCGGAGAAUCCAAUCACCGAUGCCAUCUUCACCGCCGAUAACACCACCACCUUCUUGUCUUCUUACGUGUCCUACACGAGAAACAAGAGGUACUCGAGCCCUAACUACCAAAAACUAAUAGCCAUCGUAGCGGCAAAACAUGUAUCUCAUGUUCAGGCCACUGUGAUCUGCGCAAAAACCAACGGUAUUCAACUCCGUAUCCGAAGCGGAGGUCAUGACUACGAAGGCCUCUCUUACACGACCUUGGGAGAGCUCUACACAAAGAUCAAUGAGGCGAGCCAAACGUUAGCGUUCCCUGCUGGCGUUUGCCCUACGGUAGGAGUGGGUGGGCACAUAAGCGGUGGAGGAUUUGGAAAUCUGAUGCGAAAAUUCGGAAUCACAGUGGAUCAUGUUAUUGAUGCUCAGUUAAUUAACUGCAACGGCAAGCUCUUAGAUCGAGCUACCAUGGGAGAAGAUCUCUUUUGGGCGAUUCGCGGCGGUGGUGGAGCGAGUUUCGGAGUUAUCCUCUCUUGGAAAAUCAACCUCGUCGAGGUUCCAAAGAUUCUGACAGUGUUUAAGGUUCGUAAAACAUUGGAACAAGGAGGCACUGAUGUUCUCUACAAGUGGCAGCUUGUUGCUUCCAAAUUUCCUGAAGAUCUUUUCAUAAGAGCCUGGCCUCAGAUUGUAAAGGGAACAAAACUCGGCAAGAGAACCAUCGCGGUUGUAUUCUUUGCUCAGUUUUUGGGUCCAACCGAUAAGCUGAUGGCGAUAAUGAGCCAGAGCUUGCCUGAACUAGGGCUAAGACGUGAUGAUUGUCACGAAAUGAGCUGGUUUUACACAACGUUGUUUUGGGCCAAUUAUCCGGUUGGCACACCAAAGCGCGUUCUUCUAGAUAGACCGUCGAGUCCAGGAGAAUUUUUCAAGAGCAAAUCGGAUAACAUCAAAAAACCAAUCCCAAAAGAGGGAUUGGAGAAGAUUUGGAAGACAAUGUUGAAAUUUAAUUUGUAUGAAUUCAACCCUUACGGUGGAGUGAUGGACCGGAUUCCGGCUACUGCCACAGCGUUUCCUCACCGGAAAGGAAACUUGUUCAAUCUUCAAUACUCUACGAUAUGGUUGGACGCAAAGGAAACAGAGAAUAAGAUGACUAUGAUGAAGGAGCUUUACGAAGUUGCGGGACCGUACGUGUCAAGUAACCCGAGAGAGGCGCUCUUAAAUUUCAGAGACGUCGAUAUUGGAAGCAAUCCGAGUGGUGUGAACGUGGAUGAAGCUAAGAUCUAUGGAUACAAGUAUUUCUUGGGGAAUUUAAAGAGAUUGAUGGAUAUUAAAGCUAAGUGUGAUGCUGAGAAUUUCUUCAAAAACGAACAGAGUAUUUCUCCUGCUCGUGUAAUGUAGGAAUACGACGAUUUUAUCACAUAUAUUUAUCAAAUGUAAUAAGUUACGUGUAUUAUAUC